AUGGAUAAAAAUCAUCAAACAAAUGAAGCUAAAGCGCUCCAGGAAGCAAUCAGGAAACGUCUUGCAGAAAAUGGAAAAUUGGAAAAAAUUCGAAGUGAAAUUCGCUCUUUAGUGCUUAAAGACGUUCGUGAAGGUGAUGAUUCCCCCAUAAACACUUUCAAUUCUAAAAACUUGAACUCAUCUACCCAAUUUGCAAAUCAUUUCAUUAUUGAAUAUUUCGAAUGGAUGGGAUUUCAAUAUUCAAAGGAAAUGUUCAUGACUGAAAGCGGAUGUUGUUCUUCAACCAUCUCAACAUCGCGCGAUGUCAUUGAAUCAAAGAUAAGAAAUGAAAAGGCUGGUGAUGGAUUUGACAAAGAUUUUCCAAUGCUAUUGUCAAUUAUUAGAGAACUUUUCAAGAAACAUUAA